GUAAACACAAGUCAUGUGCCUGGGAAUGUCAGAGAAGUGAUAGCAUGUGCACUCAGAAUUAUGUAAUAAGUAUCAUCUAGUUUUAAACUGUUGUAUUUGAUAUUUUAUUUUCCAAUUUUUCAUAACCAUGCCUAAGAAUAAGAGGAUAAGUCCGGUAAAACAUGUUCAGCAAAAGGAAAGUAGAAAGAGUUCAGCUGGGAAAGAUAAAAUUUUCCAGUCUGUCCAGGAAAUGUUUGCUGGACAACUUGAAGGAGAGGUUAUCCAUAUGGUGUUGGAGGAAUGUGACUGGAUUGCUGAGAAAGCUGUUGACAACCUUUUUGCCAUGUGUGAACCUGGGAUACAAACAGACACAGAGAGUAAAAACAGACUUGCACAGAUUGCAUUCAAUGUACUUUGUAGUGAUGCAUCUAGUGACACCAUGUCGGUCAGUAGCCACUCAAGCAUGGCAUCUUCGGAGGAAACUAGCAGUUCUCGCAGUGGAUUUACCAAAUCAUACACUAAUAACUCUAGGGAGAAUGUUCUUAACAGUACAGAAAUGGAAGGAGCUGCUGGUUUUGAUCCAAGCAUGAUUGAAUUUGAAAAUUUAGAAAAACCAACUGAGGAAAAAAGUGUAGACAUUAUGAAUCAAUUUUGUGCAGAUGCAGAAGCCUGGAUGUCAUCCAUGGAUAACAUUGGUGUGACUGUAAAAGGCAAGGAUAACACGAACUUUGAUUCACAGUCAUUACAGAAACAUGCAGCUAAUGACCUUACAACAGGACCUUUUGUCACUCAUUUGAUGCCAGAAACUGGUAUAUCAAUGCCUCAGCUAGUUAGCCAUGAUCAUACUCCUAAAGUAGACAAUGAAGAAUCACAGCAUAACUCUUCUGUAGGUGUUUCCAAGGAAGAAUUAAACAUACAACUACCCUGCAGAAACAUUUUUAAAUUCCAAGCCAUGUACAAAGUUAGAUACUCCCAAAGAAGCAAUUGUUUACAAGGAAGUCAUGAUCAGGUGACAGACAAUGAAAUGGAACAAAAUAUUCUUGGAUUUUCUGCAGACAGUCCUUACUUAACAUUUCCUUAUGAAGAUCAGAUUUUUAUUUCUCCAGAGAAAUUAGAAUAUUUCAAUAGUAAACAUUUUGAUGUUUUAGGGGAAAAUGCUUGUAUGGAAUCGCAGACACAGGAAGACUCUCCAUCAAGUUUAGAUAUUUUUAACAGUGAUGACUAUGAUAAUGGAUACCUUAAUGAUAUAAAAUCUGAGUUUCAGAAUUCAGGAUUAACAGAUAAUAAUUUUAAGACUGAUGUGUAUACAGAUGAUAAUAAAUUGAUUGGUAGAAAUUCAGUUAAAUUGGAAAAUGAAAGUGGUUCCUUUGAUGAGGGAAAUACUGAAAUAGUUCUGAGUGAGAAGAUGACAGAUUUACAGACACUUCAUUUGUUUGGAAGUACAGGAGGUGAUACCUCGAAUGACACCUCAACCGUUGAGCCUGUAAAUUCUUUGAGAAACAUAGGUUUUGAUCAUAAUGCAGGAGAGGCAACUAUAAAAGAAACUUCAUCAUGUGAAUUAAAUGUAGAUAUGCAGGAGCUUGAUUUGGAACAAAAUGUGGAGAUUUCAUCAGGGGAUGAUUCUGACCUUAAUAUUUCAGGGUCAAGCUCUGACAGUUUGAAUGAAAGUUUAACUCGAGCUUUAGAUGAUAGUAUAAGCAUUACAGAAUCGCUGUCAGUAAUGGACAAAAAUGACAAUGAUGAAGGUUUUGUUAGAAGCCAGAGCUGUAUGAGUAGUCAGUCGGAGGAAGAGUUGGGGGAGGAGUUAACAACAGCUUUGAACAAAUCAGUGGAUGUGACAAGUCCUGGGGAAGAAAGUGACAUUGAAAGUAGUCAUGUUGUAUCAACUACAGGUACAACUUCAACAGCCAAAACAUUGCCUAAGCUUCAUGACUCGGAUAGUGAUGAAAAGUUAUGUGAAUUCUCUCACAAAACUCGAAUGGAUAAACCAGAGGAUGUUGGAGGAAGAGAAUCGCACACAAGAUCACUAGACAGUCUUGGGUUACCUAAUUUUAUGUCUGCUUUAUCUGUUAAUGCUUGUGAAUUUGUUCCAAAUGUUAGACAGGAAGUGCCACUGUCAACAUUGUUCAAUGUGAAUGCCGACAGUAACCCAAAUAAACCAACAUUUUUGACCCCAAAGUAUGUGUCACCACCAAAAACCAACAAACCCAAAUUUCCACCUGAUUGCAAGUCCAGCCAACUGCCUUUCUCAUCUGGAGUACAACAGACAUCACCUUGGGUGAUGCCAUUGAGACAAUGCAAUCCAACAACACAAUGUUACCAACAAAGUUACAGUAACAUAGGGCACCCACCCCAAGAGAUCUCUCAGCGUCCUCCACCACAUUGGGUGUCAGCAACUCCUGUACCCAGAGAGGCUCCUCCCAUGAAGCUCACAGACAUACAAGAGGUGGAAACCAAGAUACAAGCAGGGCACAAAUGUUUUGUGAUGCUAAGAGGUCUCCCAGGCAGUGGAAAGUCUACCUUAGCAAGGAAGCUACAACAUACAGGGGUAAAACCAGGUGUGAUUCUCUCCUCAGAUGACUACUUCGUACAAAAUGGUGUCUACAGAUUUGAACCCCAUCUUCUGUCUGAAGCUCAUGAAUGGAAUAGACUCAGAACUAUACAGAACCUACAUAAUGGCUCUUCACCAAUUGUAGUAGACAACACUAACACUCAGGCCUGGGAAAUGAAGCCUUAUGUGAAACAGGCACAGAAAUUUGGGUACGAAAUCUACUUCUUAGAACCAGACACUCAAUGGAAGUUUCAACCAAAAGAACUUGCCAGGAGAAACACUCAUGGUGUGCCGCUUAGCAAGAUUAGACAGAUGUUAGAGCGCUACCAAAAGGACUUAACAGUGGAACAGGUGCUUGGAAAACCUGCAGCACAAAGUAAUCAGCACAAGAAGAUUAAUAAAUCCCAUCCUGGGAAUGUCGAGGAUAAAGCAGUACACACUGAGAACACAAACAUGGCAGCUCAUCCCAGGUGGAGACAUCCACAAAACUCCUUGGUACAGCAGUAUGCCAACAGCCUUGGACAAGCCAAGAAACUGCAGAGCCAGAAACCAAAUGUGUUCGCAGAGACACAAAAAAUUUUCACAAAAAAGCAGGAAACUGUUACUGAAGAUGAAAGUCAACAAGUCCCAUUUGUUUCGUCUAUUGUGACAGAUGAAUUGGACUCUAAUCAACCACAGCAAUCCAACCAGACCCCUAUUACAAAUCUCAAUCCUUUCUCAUCAUCACAGAAUAGUAAUGAAAAUAACAACAGCAUUUCCAAAGAAGAUUGGAAAGUUUGGGAAAAGCUGGGUCUAUCUGAUUUAGUCAAAAAAUUUAGCAGGGAUGACCAUAAAAAACCUGAGGUAGUCAGUUCAACAGUGGAGAUGACUGGUAUUGACCUGAACAGGGGUCUCCCAAUGGACAUACAGAUAGGUGAGACUUCAGUUGUUGUUGAAAACAAAGAACAAGAAAACAAACAUCUUGAAGCAAUUCCUGCGGAUCGGGCAGUAGAACUAGAAAAAAGAUGUCUUGAAACAGUUCCUUCAGAUCAGACAGUCAACUCUUCCAGGGAGGAUGAAAUACAGGAAAGUGCUGUAUUGAAAACUGAAGAUACCAAGAUUUCUAAAUCACCAGGCUCUCACAAAGGCAGCAUGAGUAGCCAGAGUAGUCAUUUAAGAGAUGUUAGUCCUUCCUCUGACAGCACAUUCCAUACAUGCUGUGAGAUGUUGACAGACCAGGAAGAAAUUAGCUCCUCAAUACAGGAGGACCAAUUUACAGGCUCCCAGGAUACCUCAUUGGACCUGUCAAAUUCAUCAUCAAGGGAGGAAGGGUCUGAUGUUAUCAUAGAGUCUGAUACUACUGCAAUUAUAACUGACAACACCUCUGAAACUGAACCACAAGACCUGUCCUAUAAUCAGCAGAUAUCAAACAUAUCUGAUAUUCCUCAUCUCGGUACACAAAAUGAUAGCAGCCGUAAUACAUUAGAAGAGAACCGGGAUACUAACAAGACACCUAUAGAUAGUCAGAGAGUUCAGACAUCAUACAAAGGGGAUCCUGAUACUCAAAAGUUACGCAAUGAUAAUCUUGAUAUUCGAAAGACACCUGAAGAUAAUGUUGAUGCUAAAAAGACACCAGAAGAUGAUGAUAAAAAGACAUCUGAAGAUAAAAUUGAUGCUGAAAAGACACCUGAAGAAAGUCUUGAUGCUCAAAAGACAUCUGAGGAAGAUCCUUGUUCUCAAAAGACAUCUGAAAAUAAUCCUGAUGCUGAAAAGACACCUGAAGAUAAUCUUGUUGCUAAAACGACACCUGAGGAAGAUCCUGAUACUAAAAAGACACCUGAAGAUAAUCUUGUUGCUAAAGCAACACCCGAGGAAGAUCCUGAUACUAAAAAGACACCUGAAGAUAAUCUUGUUGCUAAAACGGCACCUGAGGAAGAUCCUGAUACAAAAAAGACACCUGAAGAUAAUCUUGUUGCUAAAACGGCACCUGAGGAAGAUCCUGAUACUAAAAAGACACCUGAAGAUAAUCUUGUUGCUAAAACGGCACCUGAGGAAGAUACUGAUACUCAAAAGACACCUGAAGCCAGUAUUAUACAAAACAUAUCUGUAGAUGAUCCAGUUUCCAGAGUUAUAUCGUCAAAUGUCAUGGACACCAAACAUAAAUCUGUGGAUGAUCUAAACACCCAACAGACAUCAUCAGAUGUUAUUGAGGAUGGCCGGUCUAGUAAUAAUGCUACAGAAGAUUCUGCAGUUUCCAAUACACAAACUGGGACUGUAGAGGAUAUUCCACAGGGUGUGAAAGACACAGUGGAUGGACUGAUCAGAGACACCAUAGGGAGUGAUUUAAAUUACUCUUUAGACUACAGUGUGACAGCAAAUGAACUUAAGGCCAUCCUCCUCUUCACAGAUUUGAAUGAUGAGGAAAAGAUGAUGGCUGAGCAGUACAUCACUUACAGGUUAUUUGGCAAUAGAUCAAAGCUUGGUACACAGACUUCCACACAAAAAAUGUCGGAUGAUGAGACUGCUCAACCAUCACCAGUAAUCCAACAAGAAAGGUUGAGUGAUAAUUUUAGUACAGCACAGAAUUUGGACUGGGAGGAACCAAAACCAGCUAGAAAACAGCGGUUUAGCAGACGCUCUGAUGUUAAGCAUUUACAUGAUUCAUCUGAAAGGAAAUCAGACAUUGAGAAAUCAGAAAAUGAAUCAAAUAAGGUUUCAGUAAAGCCUGAACUUGAAAAUCAAACAGCUUCAAUUACUGAAAGUAGUAUGAAGCAAGAAAACAUUGAUGUAUGGACACGUCCUCAGCGUCAAAGAGAGAAACGUACACGAAAUUACAGAACACGGGGUAGUAGUCCAACAGUGGAUGACAAAGACCAGAAAAUGUCCACAGAAAUGUCCAAAGUUGCAUCAAUAGCUUUCCAGGCUCUGUCGAAGGAAGAGCAAGAUGAUGACGUAGACUGGAAAAUGACCACAGAGAAGUCCAAGGUUACAUCAAUAGCUUUCCAGGCUCUGUCGAAGGAAGAGCAAGAUGAUGACAUAGACCGGAAAAUGACAACAGAGAAGUCCAAGGUUACAUCAAUAGCUUGCCAGGCUCUGUCGAAGGAAGAGCAAGAUGAUGUCAGUCAAUCCUCUCAGUCACACUCAUCAUUGGAAUCGUCACCAUCAAAACCAGCAAAAAAGAAGUCCAACCGGAGAAAACUUGACCCCUACAAACAGGGACCAUUUUUGGAGUCUGAAGUCAAAGACAGAGUGAUUGGAGCUGACUGGAGUUUUCCUGUGCUGGCAGAAUCUGUACACAAAGUGGAGGUUUCUGAGAAGAAAUUGCUGCAUUUGUUAGAAAAAGAUUCCGACAUUACAACAAGAGAUGUAAAGGUGCUGAAUGCCAUCAACAGAGGGGAAGACCCAACACAUUUAAUGGCAGGUAGUAAAUGCUACCACAUUUUAGUUGGUCACAACAAGGACAUCAAUGAAACCAACUCCAACUUGGUGUCCAGUGGUGUGUUAGACAAGUCUGUAAUGACCCAACACUGUGUAGACCGAGGCACCAUGACUGAAGAGAAUCUUGAAGCAGACCUAGACUUCCUACAAAGUAGUUUUCCAACCAUUCCCUUAGAAGAGUUAUCUGAAGUUUUACGUCAGUGUGGAAACAACCUCCAGUGGGCUAUCAACCUACUUCUAGACUGGAAAUACAACAUUCCUCUUAGCUCUGAUGACAAGGAUAAAUUUGUCACUAGAAUGUUCCAACUCCAGAAAUCACCUACCGUUCCAAAGUUUUCAUUCUCUGCUCGACCAAGUCCUGUUGUGCGAUCACCCUCAUCACUGCUCGACAUGUGUGUCGGGUGUGUGGAAUCGCAGCACAUUGCUCCAAGACAGGACGUAGAGCACCAGAUUAUUAUGAGUAGUCAACAACGACUCGAUUCUAUAGAAGAAAAUAUCAGAUUGAAGCGAACACAUUCACGAACAUUUAGUCAAAGUGUUGUUCCUGAUGAAGAAUUCAAAGAGAACAUUCUAAAUGAGUUGAUGUCCAUGACAGAACAAGCAAACUCUGAUAGUACCAGUGAUGCCAGCGAUGACAAGGUUGUACCCCAAAAUCAGACAGACAUCUCCUAUGUAGAGUCAUGGACAGCUAACCAGGCCAAUGACUUUGCACGGGGGCCUAGUGUGGAGAGUUCAACCAGUGGACAAAAGUCUGAUGAAGAAGCACAUGACUUCCAAACUUUACAGAGCUCUGCACCUGUCAUGUCGAUUCAAAUUACAACAGAUACAAUUCAGGCACUCCAAAGUCAGUUUGGACCAGUCCCACAUUUAUCAGGUGUGACAGGAGAUGUAAUGGUUCCCCUUGACUAUAGAACAGCUCAAGCCCUUCACCGAUGUCUGAUGCUAACUGCCAGACAACAAACCAUGGACAGACAGAGGCAGCUGUUAGAAGAUGAAGCUUAUGCCCGUAGACUCCAGGAUGAAGAGAUACUUACAACAAGAAGUCGCCCCCCUCCGUCAUUCCAACCACCUCCCGUGAGCCUGAUGCACCUGAGUGGGGCUCCACAGGCUCAACACAAACAACCCUCUACAGAGCAGGGUGUCACUUCCCUCAAGGACAUCAUGGAGGAGGAAAUGGAGCGUAAGAAAAAGAAAGAGGAGGAGCAAAAGUUGUUGGAGGCUAGUGGAAACCACAAUGUACUGGCUACCCGCCUUAAGAGGAAGAAGCUGUACGAGCAAUUUCCGGGGAUAGACGAGACUCUUCUGGAUGAUAUUUACAGGGAUAACAGCUACAACCUUGAUAACACUGUGUUAGCCAUCCGUGGGUUUUUGACUCAUAAUUCAGCUCCUCCUAAAAAUGUAAUGACCACAGAGGCCAGUGAAGCCUAUGAAGAAAAACUUAUUGCAGCUGCCAAACAGCAAAGUCUCCAGGAAAUGAUGGACUCUUGCAUGUACAGUCCUGAGGAGACAAAGGCUUAUCAAGAACAUGAAGACCCAGACUAUGAUGACUUUAGAGCUGAAGCUAAUAUACACCAUCGCCUGAGACACGAGUGUUUCCAGAAGGCUCAGGAGGCGUACAGACGAGGCAUGAGGGAUGUCGCCUCCUUCUACUCCAAGCAGGGUCAUGGCCACUCGCAAAAGAUCAAGGAAGCAAAUCAGAGAGCAGCCGAAAAAAUACUUCAGAGCAGAAAUUCCCUGCUAAAGGAUAGAUCUGCUGUUGAUUUGCAUGGUCUGCAUGUGGAAGAAGCCAUUGAGGCACUGGAGAGAAUAAUCCCAGAAAGGGAGGAAGAUCUGAGGACAUACCCUGACAAGAGGAAGCAGCAUCUAGUCAUCAUCACUGGUAGGGGGAGCCACAGUAAAGGUGGCAUUGCUAGGAUACGUCCAGCUGUCCUCAGGUUCCUGGUCACCAAUGGAUACAAGUACAGCGAGAUUUACAAAGGAUGCUUCAAAAUCUUGCUAAAAUAUCGAUGACAUCUACAGAAUCAACAUAGAAGAGGAAAUAUUGCUUGAACCCCUCAUAAUGAUGUCACAAAUACUGCUCACAAUCUGGGUUCUACAGAUUCAGGAGAAACUAUUUCCAGUCUUAUAUCUGGUUCUACAGAUUCAGGAGAAACAAUUCCCAGUCUUAUAUCUGGGUCUACAGAUUCAGGAGAAACAGUUCCCAGUCUUAUAUCUGGUUCUACAGAUUCAGGAGAAACAGUUCCCAGUCUUAUAUCUGGGUCUACAGAUUCAGGAGAAACAGUUCCCAGUCUUAUAUCUGGGUCUACAGAUUCAGGAGAAACAAGACCUGAUUAU